CAGCGGGCACAGCAAAAGGGAAGGGCCGAGCUGGCCACCAUGGCGACACUCCUCUCCCACUCGCAGCGGCGCCCUCCCCUCUUGCGCCAGGCCAUCAAGAUAAGGCGCCGCAGGGUCCGAGAGGAGCAAGAGCCUCUGCCCCCAGCAGCUCAGGAGAUCACGCCUCCAUCGCACGACUUCUCUCCCGAGGAGCGGGUCCUGCUCUAUGAGGAAGCUCUCUACACUGUCCUGCACCGCCUGGGUAAGCCCGAGCCCAGCCACGUGACAGAGGCCUCCGAGCUGCUGCGGUACCUGCAGGAGGCCUUCCACGCGGAGCCCGAGGAGCACCAGCGGAUGCUGCAGCAGGUCCAGGAGCUCGAGAAGCCAACGUUUUGUCUGAAGGCCACGGUGAAACAAGCCAAGGGCAUUCUGGGCAAGGAUGUCAGCGGGUUCAGUGACCCCUACUGCCUGCUGGGCAUCGAGCAGGGGGCAGGCGCGCUGGGGGACAGCCAGGGGCCGCGGCGGCCACAGAAGGCAGUGGUGCGGCACACCAUCCCCGAGGACCAGACCCACCGGACCCAGGUCAUCACCCAGACGCUGAACCCCGUCUGGGACGAGACCUUCAUCCUGGAGUUUGAGGACAUAAGCAACUCGAGCUUUCAACUGGACAUGUGGGACCUGGACACUGUGGAAUCCGUCCGGCAGAAGCUCGGGGAGCUCACAGACCUGCAUGGGCUGCGAAGGAUCUUCAAGGAGGCUCGGAAGGACAAAGGCCAGGAUGACUUCCUGGGGAACGUGGUUCUGAGGCUACAGGACCUGCGCUGCCAGGAGGACCAGUGGUACCCUCUGGAGCCGUGCACCGAGACCUACCCAGACCGCGGCCAGUGCCACCUCCAGUUCCAGUUCAUUCACAAGCGGAGAGCCACUGCCGCCAGCCGCUCCCAGCCCAGCUACACGGUGCACCUCCACCUGCUGCAGCAGCUUGUCUCCCACGAGGUCACCCAGCACCAGGCGGGCAGUACGUCCUGGGACGGGUCGCUGAGCGCCCAGGCCGCCACCAUCCUGUUUCUCCACGCCACGCAGAAGGACCUGUCUGACUUCCACCAGUCCAUGGCGCAGUGGCUGGCCUACAGCCGCCUCUACCAGAGCCUGGAGUUCCCCAGCAGCUGCCUCCUGCACCCCAUCACCAGCAUCGAAUACCAGUGGAUCCAGGGCCGGCUCAAGGCAGAACAGCGGGAAGAGCUGGCCACCUCGUUCAGCUCCCUGCUGGCCUACGGCCUCUCCCUCAUCCGGAGGUUCCGCAGUGUCUUCCCCCUCUCCGUCUCCGACUCCCCAGCCCGGCUGCAGUCGCUCCUCAGGGUCCUGGUGCAGAUGUGCAAGAUGAAGGCCUUUGGAGAGCUGUGCCCCGACAGUGCCCCGCUGCCUCGCCUGGUGGCUGAGGCGUUGCGGACUGGCACCGUCGAGUGGUUCCACCUGAAGCAGCAGCACCAUCAGCCCAUGGUGCAGGGCAUGCUGGAGGCGGGCAAGGCCUUGCUGAGCCUGGUACAGGACAUCAUGGGCGACCUGCACCAGUGCCAGCGCACGUGGAACAAGAUCUUCCACAAUACUCUUAAGAUCGACCUCUUCUCCAUGGCUUUCCUGGAGCUGCAGUGGCUGGUGGCCAAGCGGGUGCAGGACCACACAGCAGUGGUGGUGAGCAGCCCGGUGUCCCCGGAGAUGGGCGAGAGUCUGUUCCAGCUCUACAUCAGCCUCAAGGAGCUCUGCCAGCUGGGGCCAGCCCCCUCGGAGAGGGAUGGAGUCCUGGCCCUGGACGGCUUCCACCGCUGGUUCCAACCGGCUAUCCCCUCCUGGCUGCAGAAGACAUACAGCGUGGCCCUGGCACGGGUGCAGCGAGCCGUGCAGAUGGACCAGCUGGUGCCCCUGGGCGAGCUGACCAAGCACAGCACGUCGGCUGUGGAUCUGUCUACCUGCUUUGCCCAGAUCAGCCACACUGCCAAGCAGCUGGACUGGCCUGACCCAGAGGAAGCCUUCAUGAUCACUGUCAAGUUCGUGGAGGACACCUGUCGGCUAGCCCUGGUGUACUGCAGCCUGAUAAAGGCCCGGGCUCGUGAGCUUGCUGUCGGCCAGAAGGAUCAAGGCCAAGCAGCCAAUAUGCUGUGCGUGGUCGUGAAUGACAUGGAGCAGCUGCGGCUGGUGAUUGGCAAGCUACCUACCCAGCUGGCCUGGGAGGCCCUGGAGCAGCGGGUGGGGGCCGUGCUGGAGCAGGGGCAGCUGCAGAACACGCUGCACACCCAGCUGCAAGGCGCCCUGGCGGGGCUAGGCCACGAGAUCCGCACCGGCGUCCACACGCUGGCCGAGCAGCUGGAGGUGGGCAUCGCCAAGCACAUCCAGAACCUGGUGGGCGUCAGGGAGUCCGUCCUGCCGGAGGAUGCCAUUCUGCCCCUGAUGAAGUUCCUGGAGGUGGAGCUCUGCUACUUGAACACAAACCUGGUGCAAGAGAACUUCAACAGCCUGUUGACCCUGCUCUGGACCCACACCCUCACGGUGCUGGCGGAGGCGGCCGCCUCCCAGCGGAGCUGCCCGCCGGCCUCUCGAAGGCUGAAGAUCGCACUGCAGAACCUGGAGAUCUGCUUCUACGCAGAGGGCUGUGGCCUGCCACCUGAGGCCCUGCACACGGCCACCUUCAAGGCCCUGCAGAGGGACCUGGAGCUGCAGGGUGCCUCCACUCGGGAGCUCAUCCAGAGGUACUUCUGCAGCCGCCUCCAGCAGCAGGCUGAAACCACCACGGAGGAGCUCGGGGCGGUCACGCUCAAAGCCUCCUACCACGCCUCCGAGCAGAAGCUGCGUGUGGAGCUGCUCAGCGCUUCCAGCCUGCUGCCCCUGGACUCCAACGGCUCCAGCGACCCCUUUGUCCAGCUGACCUUGGAGCCCAGGCACGAGUUUCCUGAGCUGGCUCCCCGAGAGACCCAAAAGCACAAGAAGGACCUUCACCCGCUGUUUGAUGAGACCUUUGAAUUCCUGGUGCCUGCUGAGCCGUGCCAGAAGGAUGGGGCGUGCCUCCUGCUCACGGUGCUGGACCAUGACACCCUGGGCUCUGAUGACUUGGAAGGGGAGGCCUUCCUGCCGCUGCGCUCGGUGUGCGGCCUGAGUGGGGCACAGGAGCCCGGGGAGGCGCCUCAGACCCGCCUGCCCCUCACCUUCCCCACACCCAACGGGGACCUGAUCCUGCAACUGCUGGAGAGCAGGAAGGGCGAUCGCGAGGCCCAGGUGUUUGUGAAGCUGAGGCGGCAGCGAGCCAAGCAGGCCUCCCAGCAUGCCCCUCGGCUAGGGCGAUAGCAGUGGAGGUUGGGGGUGGGGUUGGGCCCCUGGUAGGGACAGGUCUUCCUGGGAGGUCUGGGUUGUCCCCACCACAGCACAGCCUUCCAGCCUGGCCUGACACUCGUUAGGGCCCUGCCAAGUGUGGGACCCCCUCCCCUAACCCCAAGGCCUCCAGGGUGUGGGAACCAUUUGCAUAUUUAUGGUGAUAGGGACACUAUUUGCAUAUUUAUACUCCCUCCUCCCUGCCUUCAGCCUUGGCCUCAGCAUUCCCUGCCAAACCCCAGCACUAGGGGAGGGGAGGCCGCUGUCCGCAUCUCCCGCCCCUGCUCCUCCCUGGGAAAAGCUGCUCCGUCAAAGCCCAUCUUGCCGUCUGUCCCCUGGAGCCCCUACCCCAGCCACGGGGUGGGGCCAGGGCUGUGAGCACAGAUCCCCUCCUGGGGGGAGUGGGGACUCUGACAAAGAUGAGGCUACAGCUGCUCUGGGGGGGAACCAUAAAGAGGGUAGCCCAGGCCCUCUCCUGAGGGGGGCUGCCAACACCCAGGCUAGGGACCCCAGAGGCGGGGCCAUCUGGCUCUGCCAGGUCAGAGUUGGCAGGCAGUGGGCUGGCCCCAGGACAGAAGCAGAAAGGGCGGCUUGGCUAACCCCGUUGCCUGAGGACAUCUCCUGGAGCCAGCACCUGCCACCUAAAAACUUUCUUGGCAAAAAUAAAAGUCCCAAAGCACUGUC